AUGCGAUCUAGAGUGACUAGGCAUCAUAUUUGCAAUCCUCUGAUGGCAUUGAUGUCUCAUAACGAGGAAUAUUCCUUGCAGUCGCCAUGGCAUAUGACCAAACUAAGUCUAAAUAUUGACUCCGCUGAUCCGUUUUUGACACUUCAUAAACCGAGCUUCCAUUGGUGCAUGCGUAGCAACAUGUGCAUUGGCUCCAGUUGGCUGACUUUAAUGUUGCUCAAAACGUAUUUUUCUGGCUCAUUUGUGUUGCGACGAGAGGCUGAGUGUGGCUUGAACGAAGAUGAUCCCAGCCUCUCUCGGAUCGGUUCUGUCGGCGAGGUCACCAGGCGCACCAACAUGUCCUUCCCAACUCGACUUAACUCGCCUAUGAUCGACUGCUGGGACUUGACACCGUCUCUGGAGCAUAUUCUCCCCUCGGGAAGCCUGUCAACAGUCCUACCAGAUUCGACCCUCUUCCAGGGUUGCCGUUCUGCUACAGACCGCAGAGAUGGUCACGUGAACUCGUGGGAGACCGGUUCGUCGGCAGAUCAAUCGUCCACCGAGCCUCUUACGGCUCUGAGCAUCACCAGGGCAGAUGAGCCCUGGAUGCUGGGCAAAAUGCAUGUCUGUCAUUUCUGGCGACCGGCACUUUGA